CAAGGGAAGUGCAGGAAAUAUAGCAGCUCAGACACAUUCAGACUCAGGCAUCAGACCGCACUUCCCUCAUCCUCACUCGCUCCUCAUCCCUCCAUUCAUCCUUCUCCCUUCUAAUUCCAGUAAUCUGUCUCUUCUUCCCUUCUCAUUGCCCUCAGCACUGUCUGUCUCUCCUCUUUCCAUCUCUUUGAUUGACUUUGACAAAGUUUGAAGCAUGGGCUGUGGGAAUUCCACCUCUGCCAGCACAGCUGCAGGUCCAUCUGAGUCAGUCAAAGAUGUGCAGGACGAUUCGUCUGUGGAUGAUGAGAAGAGGAGGAAUUAUGGUGGAGUGUAUGUGGGCUUACCUGCAGACCUCAGCAAUGUGGCCACCGGACAAACACCCUCCACACACAAAGAAUAAUGAUAUUCAGAGCUGAAGGCACAGAUAAAGGACUUUCCAGAGGGAAUCUUGGCUGAAAAUUGUUGCGUAAUAAUAACAACAGGACGCAAUUUUCGUCAUCGUUGAUUGGCUCGUUGGGACUCGCCGGAAUCCUCUGACAGCCAAUCAUCUAAUUUAACUUUCUGGAAACUGAACUGGAAUUAGUUCUGCUGACAAGAUCAGAGGUCAAAGACAAAUCUGAGUUUGUUAACCUCACUCAGUGCUUUUAAGGACACGUUCUACCAGCACCUUGCUUCUCAGGACAAUGACACACAGUUGUUAAUGACAAUCACAGAGCAAUGAAGAUGCUAAAAACGUGUUUCUGAGCUCAACCCUAUUC